UGGAAGAAGAUCAGACCUCAUCUUAACUUUUUCCGAAUUCAUUUAGCGGUGUUCACUUUCGUCCCACUAAUUGUGGCUUGUAUAUUCUAUGCCUCCAAUGGGUCAGCGACAGGGAAUGCUAAUAGCGCCAAUACGGGGACGCAGAGGGUGACAUUUGUGGAUUCUUUAUUCGUUUGCUUCUCUGCCAUGUCAGUGACGGGCUUGGUCACUAUCAACAUCUCCGCUUGCAACACUUUCCAACAAGUUUUGUUAUUUCUUCUCUUUCUCGCUGGAGACUACUCAGUCGUCUCAUUCUUCAUGGUCCUCGUCCGGAAACGAUAUUUCAAACAACACUGCUACCAGCUUCUGAAGAAUGAUCAUUUCCAUCGUACCAACACUCUCAUGCCUCCUGCCGCAGGAGUUCUUGACCGAUUUGCCAGUCUACGCCAGAGAGCCGCUGCUAUCGCUCGACGUAAAAACCUCAACAAAGGUCUGAUCUCCCCUCCCUUAGACCCAAGGCCAGCCCGAACUCCAACCACUGAGAAACCCCCUGCGUUCCGGCUAGACGAACUUGAUGCGCGUUUGGCAGGGAUCACAGCUGCCGCCAAUGUCAAGCAGAACCAUGAAUUCAAUGAGACGACUCUACGAGGUUCUGUAGGUGACCAUACGGACAGUGAAGAUGUUAAUCGGGACGGUACGGCUGUCCGGUUCACUGACUCUCCCCUUGCUGCUUCCUUUAUCGAGAGUACAAGAGGACGCAAUAUGUUUCCCCGUCGUUUGACUCAGGAAGAAGGUUAUCACGCUCGAAGACGAGUACGAGAAACAGCACGAUCCAUGACAAUGUCGACGGGAAGAGGUCCAUCAACAUCCCCUCAUCGUGCCAUGCUUAAUCUACAUCCGAAUAAUCAACAUUAUUAUCAUACACCUGUCAUUCCUCCUCGUCUCCCACAACAUCCAGUCGCGGCACCUCAUGAUCCUCUUCAUGCGGGUUAUGGAGGAUUUCCCUCUCCUUGGAAAUUACUGGUGAAGACAUUUUUACCUCAAAAGACUAGGAAAACCCUCGAACGAAAGUUGACCCAACCAGUGAGGUCACAUACUUUGUUGACUCACGAUCCACUACCAGAGCUUAAACGAUAUGAUCGUUAUGGUGAAGUCUCAAAUGAUUUGGAGAGCGAGGAAAAGGGUUGGUCUUUAAGCACUCAAGUCAGUAAAUGGAUGCCGGAAAUGCUGAGUGCUUUGGUGGUAGGACGUAACAGUCGUUUCUUCACUGAAGAACUGGAUGACGAGGAUUUGGAGCGUUUAGGAGGUGUAGAAUAUCGUGCUCUUCGGCUGCUCAGUAUCUUUGUCCCAGCAUAUAUCACAUUAUGUCAGAUCAUACCUUUUGCCAUCUUGGCGAUUUACUUUUCCCAAGUACACUCAUAUGACAGUGCUUAUCAGGCUCAAACGGGUGUUCAAGCUCGGACGGUCAACAAAACCUGGGCCUCGUUGUUCGCUGCUGUGUCCGCUUAUACAGGAUGUGGUAUGACAUUGACAGAUCAAGGUCUUGCUCCUUUCGCAUCUUGUUACAUUCUCAUCUACGUCAUCGCACUCGUCAUGCUUGCUGGUAAUCAUGCUUUGCCCAUGACCCUCCGGUUGUUCAUAUGGAUAGGGACGAAGAUCUGGCGGAAGGGGGAGACGAAUGAGACGCUACAUUUCCUCCUGGAUCAUCCCAGACGUCAUCAAACCUGGUAUCUCACUCUUGCCUUGGCGACAUUUACUGCUAUUGAACUCUUCGGCUAUUUGGUCCUCAACAUCGGACUUCCAAUUUUAAAAGACAUCAGUCCGUUUCAACGAUUUUCAGAUGCCGUCAUACAAAGUCUGAGUGUGAGAGGUUCGGGAUUUGGUGUGGUCAGCGUGAGCAGUAUGGCACCUUCUGUUUUGUACGUCGUACUGAUGUAUGUAGCCAUCUAUCCAAUUGCCAUGUCUGUCAGAUCGACGAAUGUAUAUGAAGAAAGAGCUUUAGGGGUUUAUCACGCUUCCGAUCCAGAAUUGACAUCGGAGGAUGAACCUGCUUUUCAAGGUGCAAGAGGGGAAGUCUUUAGCAAAUAUCUCAAAUGGCAUAUGCGUCGUCAACUUGCCUUUGAUAUUUGGCCACUUGCAUUAGCUGUUUUUCUCGUCCUCAUCGUUGAACGUGGUAAACUUCUUGAUCCCGAACGUCAACCUUGGUUCUCCAUCUUUAGAGUGAUAUUCGAAUGUACUUCUGCUUAUUCGACCAUUGGGUUAAGUCUUGGAACACCGAAUAACAAUUAUUCUUUUUCGGGGGAAUUAAGUACACUUUCGAAAUUGAUCAUGAUCGUCCUUCUUCUCCGUGGUCGACAUAGAGGAUUACCAGUAGCGAUAGAUCGUGCAAUCUUGUUACCUAAAGAAUACGCGAGGAUA